GUCAGUGCGGGAGUAAGGCUGGGUGAUAUGACGAAAAUAUGUUAUCACGAUAUUUGAGGACAUUUCUACGAUACACGAUAUAUAUCACAAUAUAUAAUUUAGCUAACAGACUGUCCGCAAAACAAAAAAAAAAGGUUAAACUCUGAUGACAAUGCCUAGAAAGUUCAAGAAUAUUAAGUUCUUUAAAAAAUUAAAAAUUACAUAAAAUCAUCGGCAUUUAUGCAUUACCAUUUAAUGUUGAAUUAUUAAAAUACAUCAACAUACCAAAAAUAACUCCGAAAAGUGUAUUGCAAAAUCGUUGAUCACCGUAUCUAUAUUAUAUCUAUUUAUCACUCAGCCCUACGUUGUAGACAAACAAUAAUGAAAAUACAGCAACAACCAACAAAUACCAGAGUGACAAAAGUACCAGUACCCAAGUAACAAAACACAUAACAAAUAUUUCAAUAUAAAGAUAUUUGAUGUGUUUUAGGGUGGAGUUUUCCUUUAAAUUAUAUACAGGACUCGGAGUGUUUAAAAGAGAGUAAGUAGUGACUGGCUAAUUUAUUUCCUGUAGAUAUAUUGCAAUUUUUUACUCUGGUGUGCAAUGUUGCACUGAAUAACCCCUGUAGAAAUUUGGCUUUGGGGUUUACUAUACUCCUAAACCUUGGUCUGUCAGACUGUGUCCUGGCCUGAUGCUCUGCCUUUACCCCGGCAGAUGCUCAGAAUGAGAGAGGCUGUUGUCUCGUUGCUGCAGCUUCAGGACUCUGGCUUCCAGCAGUUAAGUCUGGUAGUGGAGAAGGGGUUCAUGCAGGUCCAAGUGCUUGGGAAGCAGCUCGAUGAGAUGCAGGCUGGGAAACAGGAACUGGUCACAAAGUAUGAAGGGCAGCUGCAGCAUUUGAAAGAAGAGUUGUCCAAGUUGAAGCGCAGCUAUGAGAAACUUCAGCGCAAACAGCUAAAGGAGGUGCGAGAGGGAGCUCGAAGCCGAGAGGAGGACAAGAGUGAGGUUUUGCAUCUGAACAGCAAGCUGGAGGAGUUCCGUCAGCGCUCAGCGGAGUGGGAGCAGCAGCGGUUGCAGUAUCAGAGGCAGGUUGCUUCAUUAGAGGCCCAGAGGAAGACCCUGGCAGAGCAGUUCACUCAAAUGCGGUAUCAGUGUCAUGGUGCGGCACGGCUGCAGGAACAGGGGGAGAUGCAGCGCCUGCGGGCACAACUGCAACGGGCGCAAGACUCCCUACAUGCACAAGAGCUGGAGCUGGAGAGAUUACGGCUGUUGCAGGACGAACUGGGAGACUCUCGCAGAGAACAGCAGGUCAGCUGCCGUGCUGCAGCUCAUGCUUCAGGCCAGGUUCUGAGUGAUGAGCGGGAGGAGCUGAGAGCUACACUGGAUGCUCAGGAUCAAUUUGUGAGGAGCUCAGACCUGCAGCAACAGCAGCUGCGCAACGAGGUGGCUUGCCUUAACCAGGCGCUGCAGGCAAAGGAACAUGUCAUCAGGUCUCUGGAGGAGUGUCUGGCCUCUCGGAGUUCUCCAGGCCUGGCGUCUAUCAGACAGGAACUGGAGAACGUCGUCAUCAAGCUUCACUGUUCUCAAACCUGUGAGGCACACCUGAAAGCCGAGGUCACCCGACUCAGAGAAAAGCUUGAAAGCAUGCGGAGGCAGAAAGCAGAAGCAAGUAAAAGAGAGCAGGAAUGGAGAAAACUGGAAGAGGAGCAUGGUCACUCUAUGACUGAAGUCAAGCGGCUACGUGAGGAGCUCCAGCAGGCUGAGCAGACUCGUUGUGCUGAGGUAGAGGCCAUGAGGAAAGAGGUGUCACAGCUCACGAGUGAACUCCACCAGCGUGACAUCACCAUUGCCACAAUUACAGGCUCCGCCUCCAGUGCAGAGCGCCAGUUGCGGGCUGAGGUAGAGCGGGCAGAGCGGCGAGCAGCAGAACUCAAGAUGACGCAGGUACAACUGGAAACUCUAAAGCUAGAGAAUCAGCACCUGAAUGACCUGCUGGAGAGAGUUGAGUCACGGUCCCCGAAGAGGACAGAUGGGGAACUGGUGAAUCUGAGGGACAGCUAUGUAUCCUCCCUGAACAGCCUGGAGCAAGAGAAUCAGCAGCUUAGGCAGGAUCUGGCAGAGGUCCGUGCUCGUAUGGAGGCUAGCAACCAGACCUGGCAGGACAAGUACGAGAGAGCAUUGCUGCAGAGCCACAGCAAGAAUGUGCACACCCAUGACAGGUGUGAGGAGGAGCUGAAGGCCAUGAAGAGUCGCUUGCAGGAGAGCUCCUCGCACUAUGAGCUUCAGAUCCAGACACUCCUCAAGCGACUGGAAGACCUGUCAUCCUCCUCCUACUCCUCCCACCGACCCGAUGGCCAAUCACAGGAGAGCAGACCUGCCAUGUCCCCAACACUCUCCGCUUCCUCUUCCAGAUCCUCAUCAUCCUCAGCAAGUAAAACCCAAAAGAUAGUGUCUCUGCUGAGUGCUGCAGCUGAAGAUGAAGGAGCACAGGGCUUGGGUCUUGCUGGAGACACACUACCUUUGGAGCAUUGUAUAGGUUCUCCAGCAGGCUCUGUCACUUCUCAUUUUGUGGAGGAAGAGACACAGCGUUCUCAAGAGCUGCUGCAGCGACUGGACUUCCACAUCCAUAGCAUGAGGCAGGAGAAUGCCAAGACUGUUCGCAAGUACCUAGCCAAAGACAGCAGCCCCCGCAACCCACACUGACUCCAUGCAGACAGACAGAACACACACACAGACACACACACAAAGUGCCUUUUAAGAUUCAGCUAAGGAAGUUUAUUUGUAUUCGGUGGCAUGGAGAUGAAAAUCAUUGUCAGUAACUAUGAUCACUGCCACAAAAAAAGCCAAAUCGAUUGGGACCGCAUUUUGACUGCUGGCUGUUUGGUAACUUGUGCAGUCACACACACAGCACUGAAGCUUACAAUGCCUCUGUAGCUAUUGCACUAGUGAAUGACCUGGACAUGGACCUCCAUUAUGACCUUUAACCUCUGACCACUGAUUUUGUGUCCUCACUGUAGUCUCACCUUUUAUUAUUUAGAACUUUAGAAUGAUGGAUUUCCAUGCCUUCAUCCCUUUCUUUGUUCACUUUUUGUCAUUUUCUCUCUCACGCGCUCUCUCUGUCAUAUUUAUGUAUACGACUGACAAAUUUAUGUGGAACAUUUUUUACGGUUUCUUAUUUAGUGAAGAGGCUGUUUGGAGUGAAUUAAAUGAGUUUGUUUUGACAGUGUGUUUAUAGGAGUAGAUGUGUUUAUGUGAAUGAUUCAUCCUCCAUGUCACUGUGUGCUUUUGGGAGAAACAAGGUCUGCACACGAACUAUUACAUGUGUUCUGAGGGGCCGCAUCAUCGGGCAGUGCUGUAAAGCAGAGAUGUCCAGCUGAUAACAAAUACACACACUUGCACAUGCUGCUGUCUCAGUCACUCUGAGCCACACGGGGUACUGAACAAAGUGCAAAAACAGCAAUUCACAAUUACUGUAACUGUUCAUUGUGCAGCAUGUGGGUUACUAGUGGUCCACCAUCAAUGAAGAAAAGUGCAAAAUAAAAGCUUUUAUUUAUUGAA